AUGGGCAACGACCCUCAUCAGGCGGAGAAGAGACGCGAAGCCGAGAUGCUCGAGAGAUUCAAAGUCGUCGGCGAUCACGUCAAAAUCUCCACGAAGACGAACGCGAUGCGCACGACCGGCGCCGGCAGCACGUCGUUCACGAGCACGGUCAUGGGGAACGGCACGCAGGGCGUGAACACGCGCUGCGAGGAGAUCGUCUAUCGCAACCCUAAAAAGAAGGGCUACGUUCGAUUAAAUACCACGCACGGUAACGUGAACGUCGAGCUGCACUGCGACGUCGCGCCGAGGGCGUGCGAAAACUUCAUCACGCUGUGCCUCGCGGGGUACUACGACGGCGUGGGGUUUCAUCGUUCGAUCAAAAACUUCAUGAUCCAAGGCGGGGACCCUUCCGGCACCGGGACGGGCGGGCAGUGCAUGUGGGGAGGGAAGUUUAAGGACGAGAUCACGCACCUCGGCCACUCCGGCCGCGGCGUCCUGUCCAUGGCCAACGCGGGCCCGCACACGAACGGAUCGCAGUUUUUCAUCCUGUACAAAUCCGCGCGUCACCUGGACGGCAAGCACACGGUGUUCGGGAACGUCGUGGGCGGGAUGGAGACGCUCGCGGCGUUUGAGGCGGAGCCGACGGAGGACGACGAUCGGCCGAGGAACGCCAUCUCCAUCCUCUCCACGGAGGCGCGUUCUCCUUCACACUGGUCCCCAUACGACCCCGUUCGCGUGGUGAACGCCGUUCCUUAAGGACUUCUUCUUUCUCUCCUGGCGUACUGUACAGUUCAGUAUGUUUCUCUCCGCCCACCACCCCUCGGUUUCAAUCCCGACGCACACACCUCGACGCCUUUCAACUCCAGCCCUGACGCUUUCGUUGAACUUCACGAACUUCAGGUGUUCACGAAUCCGUAUAAGGAGAUGGCGGAGGAGGAGGCGACGCGUGAGGCGAGGGAGAAGGCGAGGGAGGAGUCGGAAGCGCGGGAGCGCACGGAGGCGUUGAACCCCGGGCGGUGGUUCUCGGACCCGGCGGGGGAGUCACGGCGGGAGGAGGCGCGGCGACGCAGCGGCGGCGGCGGCGGAAAGGACGACGACGACAACGACGCGGUCGCGGGGACGAAGCGAGCCGGGGGCGUCGGGAAGUACGUGAACCAAUCCGGGAAGGACACGUCAGCGGCGGCGGCGAGGACGACCGCGGCG